GCAUUUUGUGUCCAUCUUCGCUUUAAACCAGCAUCUACAGUUCCUACCCACACAGGACCCGCCCUCUGUCUCAUUUCCCCGCUUUGCUAUAAAUAUAACCAUGUUUUUAACGAAGUCUCCUUUAAGAAGGUAGCUGUGCUUCGCUACAUAGCAGUAAUUGGAGUGAACGCAUGCGUCUUUCAGAUGGAUAGCGAUGGCCUCGACAUUUGAUCCGUGUUUCUGCUCUGGGAUGUAACAUGGUGCAUGGCAGGCUGGAAGAGUACAAUCCCUCCGCAAGGAACAGCAAUGGAUCACCAGCCGGCUCAUUCGAUGUUGACGCGCUGCAUUUUGAUCCUUACUGUCGGCAGACUUGUUCAAGGGACCACGUGCCAAUCUGGCUGUCAUUCAUUAAAUGGACUCUGUGAGAUCACUGGUGAAUGCAGGUGUAAGCCUGGCUGGCUGGGAGACCUGUGUGAUAAGUGUAUUCCUUCUCCUGGCUGUUUACAUGGCACGUGCACCAAACCUUGGGAAUGUGUUUGUAAAAAAGGGUGGACUGGCAGUCUCUGCAACAGAGUGUUCCUUAAUUGUUCAACUGAACAUUCUUGUGCCAAUAACUCCACAUGUAUAAGGGAUGAAGAUGGUGGCUAUACAUGUACCUGUGAAGAGGAAUUUACAGGAAACCAAUGCCAACUCAGGAAAAGCCCCUGCUACACCAAUGGGACACUUUGUCAGAAUGGAGGAAGUUGCUUUGAAGAUAACAGGACCGCAGUCAAGAACUACUGCUUAUGUUUGCCUGGUUUUACUGGGGGCAUCUGUGAAAAAAGCAUCAGCAAUUGUAAUCCAAAUCCUUGUGCCAACCAUGGAACCUGCAUGGAUCUGGUUUCCAACUUCAGCUGCCUUUGCAUUGGAGGGUUCACUGGCAAAUUCUGUGAUUAUGCAGUCACAUCUUGCCUUAGUCAUCCAUGCCAAAAUAGGGGCGCAUGCCAUGAUCAUCCUAAGGGUGGCUUUGAUUGUGCAUGUUUGCCUGGUUACGGAGGAGAAAUCUGCCAACAUGAAGCAUUUAUUAAUUCUACUCAUGACUCAAAGCAGAAUGUAUCUGAGCAUGCAAGAGCAAGAUGGACCAGACAUGGCAAGCAUUUUCAUCCACUGCUGCAUGCCUCUCAUAAAUCAACACCACAGCAAGGAAAUGAUAUGAUCAAGAUAACACUGAAAGAAACCAUCCAUACAUCGAACUCACUGCUCAACAGCAGUCAAAUGAUCUGUUUUACAGUGCUUGCGUUAUUUACGUGUCUUGUGAUCCUCGGAUCUGUAGGAAUCAUCUUCUUCUCCAAGUGUGAAAUGUGGCUGGCAAAUGCCAAGUAUCGGCAUCUCCUCUGGAAGCAAAGAAGGUAUUUACUCCAAGACAAAAAUGAAGACUUUUCAGUCAAAAUUAUAUCUCCAAGCAUGAAUAAAUUUACAAGCUAUGGUAAUAAUUAUACGUCCUUCUAAAGUUUAUUUGUAAAUCAAACACAUAUACAAAAUAUUGCAUAAUUUAAUACAUUUGCAAUUGUAACAGCUAAUCACGUUUCAUUCAUAAGAUACUGUAUUAUUUAAGUAGUUUUGAUUAAUGUCGUAAAACACACUCACAUUCAUGUAAAGUGCUAUCCAAAGAUUUUUUCAAGAAUAAUGGGUAUUCAUUCAUGCCUUAGUUAUUUUUUAUUUUCCUUCAUUUGGUGACCUGCAGAAUGGAGAAAGGAAAUAACUGAAUUCCUUUUCAUUUGUUUACGAUUGUUUACAAUCUAUUGGGACCAGCACUAAUGUACCCUGUUUUAGUCUGAAAUCAUAAUUUGUAUUGUAUAAUUAAAUCUACUCCGCUGUACACAUUCAAAAUUCCUAAUGCUUAAGAUGUUAGUUUGUUUACUACUACGACUUGCUACUUUACUUUGGUUACAGUCCAGCAUUGUGACGGUGUUAUGACAAUGCUCAUUUUGCAUCCCGAGGACAAGAAUUAAAUAAAAAAGCUUUGACCAAAUAAAUAUUUAUCUUUGAAUGUCAUACAAUGUACUUAAAUUCAGUGGGUUUGAAUAAACAAAAUGUAGUGUGUUAAGAUAA